UAUAUUAUUUAACUCUAAAGAACUUUUGACAAGGUGUGUAAAGGAUGAUACCAGUAUAAAACAAAAUCUUUAUUAUAAUCAAUCACUUUAUAUCAAUUGAAGUCGCAUCAUUUAGGAGAAAGACAUGUCAAAAUAUGUGAUAAGUGUGAAGUGUUUUCUCAAGCGGGAAAUUUAAAACAGCAUAUAACAACAUAUUCAAAAGAAAAGUCAUAUAAAUGUGAUAUCCGUAGUAAACGAUUUACUAGACUGGCUAAUUUAAAAACCCAUACAAUGAUACAUACUGGAGAAAAGCCACAUAAAUGUGCAAUCUGUAAAAAAGAAUUUUCUACAAGAACAAAUUUAAUAUCACAUACAAGGACACAUACAAGAGAGAAGCCAUAUAAAUGUGAAAUCUGUAAAAAAGAGUUUUCUACAAAAGCACAUUUAAUAUCACAUAUAAGAACACAUACAGGGGAAACACCAUAUAAAUGUGAUAUCUGUGGUAAAUUGUUUGCUGUAGCUGAAACACUAAAAAGGCAUAUAAGGACACAUACAGGAGAAAAGCCAUAUAAAUGUGAUAUCUGUGAUAAAUUGUUUUCUCAAACUGCAACACUAAAUAGGCAUAUAAGGACACAUAGUGAAGAUAAGCCUUAUAUAUGUGAUAAUUGUCCUAAAGGGUUUUCUACAAAAACAAAUUUAAUAGUGCAUAAAAGGAAACAUAAUAAAAAAAAACCAUUUAAAUGUGCAAUUUGUAAAAAAGAGUUUAUUACAAGAGCAAAUUUAAUAUCGCAUACAAGGACACAUACUGGAGAAAGGCCAUAUAAAUGUGAUAUCUGUAAUAAAUUGUUUUCUCAAACUGGUACACUAAAUAGGCAUAUAAGAACACAUAGUGGAGAAAAGCCAUUUAUAUGUGAUAUUUGUGAUAAAGCGUUUGCUUCAAAAUCAAAUUUGAUAAUGCAUAUAAGGAAACAUACUGGAUUAAAACCGUUUAAAUGUGCAAUCUGUAAAAAACAGUUUUCUACAAGAGCAAAUUCAAUAUCACAUACAAGGACACAUACAAGAGAAAGGCCAUAUAAAUGUGAUAUCUGUAAUAAAUUGUUUUCUUCAAAAUUAAAUUUGAUAGUGCAUAUAAGGAAACAUACAGGGAAAACACCAUAUAAAUGUGAUAUCUGUGGUAAAUUGUUUGCUGUAGCUGAAACACUAAAAAGGCAUAUAAGGACACAUACAGGUUAUAAGCCAUAAAAAUGUGAUUUCUGUGAUGGAAGGUUUUAUUGUGCAGCAAAUUA